AUGAGACCUCCAAGAGGCCGUGGUGGUGGCGGUGGUGGGUUUAGGGGCAGAGGUGAUGGAGGGAGAGGGAGAGGAAGAGGUGGUGGUGGUGGAAGAGGUGGCGAUAGGGGCAGUGGCAUGAAACCCCGUGGUGGGGGACGUGGUGGCCAUGGUGGAGGAAGAGGGCGUGGAGGAGGAAGAGGAGGAAUGAAGGGUGGGAGCAAGGUUAUAGUUGAGCCCCAUAGACACGAGGGAGUUUUUGUUGCCAAGGGUAAAGAAGAUGCUCUUGUAACUAAGAAUAUGGUCCCUGGUGAGGCUGUCUACAAUGAAAAAAGAAUUGCUGUGCAGAAUGAAGAUGGUACUAAAGUUGAGUACAGGGUUUGGAAUCCUUUCCGGUCUAAGUUGGCAGCUGCAAUUCUUGGUGGUGUUGAUAAUAUCUGGAUUAAACCUGGUGCUAAGGUUCUCUACCUUGGAGCUGCUUCUGGUACCACUGUUUCACAUGUAUCUGAUGUUGUUGGUCCUACGGGAGUGGUAUAUGCUGUAGAAUUUUCACACAGAAGUGGUAGAGACUUGGUCAACAUGGCGAAGAAGCGAACAAAUGUUAUACCUAUCAUUGAAGAUGCUAGGCAUCCUUCCAAAUACAGGAUGCUAGUUGGCAUGGUGGAUGUGAUAUUUUCUGAUGUUGCUCAGCCUGAUCAGGCUAGGAUUUUGGCCUUGAAUGCAUCCUAUUUCCUGAAAGCAGGAGGUCAUUUUGUUAUUUCAAUCAAGGCAAACUGCAUUGACUCCACUGUUCCUGCCGAGGCUGUAUUCCAGAGUGAAGUUAAGAAAUUGCAACAAGAGCAGUUCAAGCCAUUCGAGCAAGUCACUCUUGAACCUUUUGAGCGUGACCAUGCUUGUGUUGUGGGUGGCUACAGAAUGCCCAAGAAACAGAAAGCUGGACAAUAAUUUUGUAGGCCUUCUUUAAGCCAAUGUUUGCUAGAAAAUGACUGUUACGUUUUGCCCUUUUUGCUUUAUUAGGUGUUUAUUAAAACUCAAUAUUAAUGCUGUUUUGGAACAUUUUGCACUAAUUUUGGUUUUGAUCGUC